AUGGCGCUUCAUUCCGUCUCUGCGGCCUGCAUUACUUCUGCCGCCUCGCCGUCCCCUUCCCUUCAUUCCUCAUCAUCCCUCCAUUGCUCUUCCUCUGACGUCACCGCAUCCAUCGCUUUCCUCGGUCAGCCGUGGACCUCCCGCCCUGACCGCGUUUCGGCCUUGUGCGCUUUCUGCAAGAACCUUUCUCGUCCUCGCAAUGACGGUUCGAGCCGCGACGACCUCUCAAGUCGCGCCGCUUUCUCCAACUGCUCUUCUCGACACCCUUCGACGGCGUUACUCCCAUGCCCGGGUGGGGGACUCCCCGGUCCGCAGGCGCUCCUAUCGACCCGCGCAAGUGCCGCCGCCGACGCCGCUUCCGCUGCCACUCUCCCCGAGCAGCAGCAGCAGCAGCCGCGGAGGCGCCAGAACCAGCAGACCCGAGGAGGCGAACCGGGCGCCGUGGAAGGAAGACAGGGCGCGGGGCAGUCUCGGAGCGACGGAGGCGGCGGCGGAGGCGGAGGCGGAGGCGGAGCGACCAGUAGGUUCAACUCGCGCGGCCGACGAGGCGGCGAAAGCGGCGCAAACGCCGGGAGCUUCGCAAGAGGCCGUGGCGGCGGUUACAGUAACGGUAACGGUAACGACUCACCGCUGGCGACGCUGACGCGGGUGUCGUCAUGUCUGGCGGCGCUGCGAGAGGCGAAGCAGCAAUGGGUGGAGGAGCGACGUCGCAGAGCGUCGCAGGCGAAAAAGAAGAAGGCGAAGAAUUUGCUCAAGAGCAAAGAGGGAGCCGCGGACCAAGAUUCUGGAGGCGCGGGCGUCGACGAGCCCGUCGCUGCUGCGCCCGCCGUCGGCGCCGCAGCCGCCGCUGACGCCGACGCUACUGAUGCUGUCGCUUCCGCCGCUGCUUCUCCCGCCGCUUCUCCCGCCGGUACUCCCGCCGCUUCUCCCGCCGGUACUCCCGCCGCUGACGGCGUAGCCGAUGCGACCAGCACACCUCCCGAGACGCUCGAGUCCGUGGUGUGGCCGAUUCUGGACCAAUCAGAGCGCGAGUGGGCGCAGUCUGACGUCAUCCUGGUGCUGAAGGAGCUCGGCGCGCAGCGCGACGAGCACGACCUGCUGGGGGCGGUAUUCACGUGGCUGCAGCACGUUGAGGGCACGAGCAAGGAGCUCGAGGCGGGGGUUCGCGCGUACACGACGGUCCUGGCUGCGUACGGGAAAGCAGGGAACGUGGAGCAGAUGGAGGCGGUGGCGCGCGGAAUGGAGGCGCGCGGAGUGCCCCCCGACCUGUUCACGUACAACGCGCUCAUCGGCGGGUACGCGCGCGCGGGGCGGUGGCGCGCGGCGAUCGGCGUGUACAAGCGCGUGCGCGAGGACGAGAUGGUGGAGCCGGACCGCGUGACGUGCGUGGAGAUGGCGAUGAUGCUCGCCGCCGCCAAGCAGCCCAUCCCGCUGCGCGCCGUGCUGGACGACAUGCUGGCCCUGCGCAUCCCCAUGGACGCCAAGCUGCUGGAGCGCGCACCUUUAGACUCAACAAUGCCCCCAUCCUUCCCCCUUGCUCAACCCCUUCCCCCCCAACCCCCCCCUCGCCUUCCCCCUUCCCCCCCAACCCCCCUCGCCUUCCCCCUUCCCCCCCACCCCACCCUCCCCCCCAGGCCCUGCGCAUCCCCAUGGACGCCAAGCUGCUGGAGUGCGCAUGCCCUGCGCAUCCCAGUGGACGCCAAGCUGCUGGAGCGCGCAGUGCCAGUGCUGGCGCGGGGGGGCGAGCACGCCGUCGUCACCGCUCUGCACCGCUCUCUGUGCCAGGAGGGCGUGAAGCUGCCCGCAUCCCUGGCGGUGGCGUGCAUUAACGCGUAUGGCGCGCUGGGCAUGCCGCAGCAUGCGGAGGGGGUGUUCCAGACAGUCGCGCGGCAGCAGGGGCGGGUGGAGGGCAGACGGCUGUACGUGGGGCUGGCGCUGCGGCAGCAGCAGGGGCGCGUGGAGGACAGGCGCGUGUUCGUGGGGCUGCUGAGGGCAUACGCGAGCAACGGGCAGAUGCGCGAGGCGGAGGGCGUGGUGCAGGACAUGCUGCAGGGGGACGUGCGCCCCUCCACUGGCUGCUUCCUCGCGCUGCUGGACGGGUGGGUUGUUGGUGGGGAGGGGGCAGUGGGAGAGUGGAGGGGAGAGCGCGGGAAAGUGGGGGAAAGUUGGGGGAAUUGGGGGAGACUGCGGGAACCGGGGGGAGGGGGGGGAGGAGGGAGUGCUGCAGGGGGGCGUGCGGCCCUCCACUGGUUGCUUCCUCGCGCUGCUGGACGCGUGGGUGUGGCGGAAAAGGGGGGAAGGAAAUGGGUGAGUCUGGGGAAGUUUUUUCUUGAAAUAGCAGAGGGUGUCCCGGAACGAUUAUUUUCUCUGAGAGAGCUGCAGCUUAUGUCCUCCCCAUGUGCUUAUGUCCUCCCCCUCUUGCCACUUACCUCUUUUCCUCCCUCUCUCCCCUCCCCCAUUCUCUCCCUCCACUUCCCACCCCCAUCCCCCAACCCCCAUCCUACCCGCCCUCCACUUCUCCUCUUCCAGCUACACCCGUCUGGGCGAGUUCGGGCUAGCAGAGGGAGUGCUGGAGUACACGAGAGAGCUGCAGCUCACACAAGACCCCUCACCCGGCUCUACCCGCUUGGCCCCCUUCUCCCCUCUUUUCCCCCUUCUCCACCCCGCCAUUUCCCCCUCCCCUCCCCUCCCCGCAGCUACACCGGCCUGGGCGAGUUCGGGCUAGCAGAGGGCGUGCUGGAGUACAUGCGGGAGCUGCAGCUCACACCCGACCCCACUCCCCGCUCUCCCCGCGUUCCCUUUUCUCCCUCCCACCCUUCCAUUUCCCACUCCCCUCUCAGCUACACUCGUCUGGGUGAGUUCGGGCUAGCAGAGGGAGUGCUGGAGUACAUUCGAGAGUUGCAGCUCACACCCGACCCCUCGCUGCACCUGGCGCUCAUCUCCGCUUUGAAAGGCAGAUGCACUGACUCGUUGCUGAAUCAUUUCGGAUUUCCUCUCCAUUUCCUUUCCCCCUCCCCCUCUCCUCCCCCCCUCCCCUCCCCCCUUCUCCUCCGCCUCCCCUCCCUCCCGCCCCUCGCACCCUCUCCCCCUCUCAGCUACACCGGCCUGGGCGAGUUCGGGCUAGCAGAGGGCGUGCUGGAGUACAUGCGGGAGCUGCAGCUCACUCCAGACCCCUCCCUGCACCUGGCGCUCAUCUCCGCGUAUCUCUCCGCCUCCCAUCCUGCAUGGGCGCACUCCGCCCUCUGUGACCUGCUGGCGGAGCACCCAGCUUUCCAGCCGCCUGUGGAGGUGGUUGAGGGGAUCAUGGCGGGGUAUUUGGGGGGGGAUGGGGAGGGGGGAGUGGCGGAGGGGGGAGUGGCGGAGGGGGGAGUGGUGGAGGGGAAGGGAGAGGGCGGGGAAGGGAAAGGGGGAGCAGUGAGUGUGGUGGAGGAGGCUGAGGAUGCUGCUGGUGUGAAGGUAGCAGAGGAGAGUGCAAAGGCUGUGAAGGCAGCAGGGAGAACUGCAGAGAUGGCGGUGGGAGGGGAGAGCGCUCCGAAUGGAAGGGCCAAAGGGAAGACUGCAGCUACAGAGGUGCAAGUUGAGAGCGCAGCAGUAGCAGGUGUAGAGGAGAGCACUGUUGCUGCAGUUGCAGCUGCAAAGAAAAGCACUGUUGCUGUUGAGAAGAGUACAGUUGCAGCAGAGGAGAGCGCAGUAGAAACUGCAGUGGCAGCAGCUGUAAAGGUAACUGAUAAGGCAGCAGCUGUAAAGGUGACUGACAAGGCAGUAGCUGUAAAGGUGACUGAAAAGGCAGCAGCUGUAAAGGUGACUGAAAAGGCAACAGCAGCAGAGAAAAUGGCAAAACCUGCAGAGUUGACAGAAAAGGCAGCAGCUGUAGAGGUGGGAGGUGUUCUCUCUAGCACAGAAGCUACUGAGCAGACAGGGGAGGAGUCAUUGCUGCAGAGGCUCGAAAAGGGAUUGACGGUUGGGGAGGAGCAGGUGGUGGCUGAGCUGGAAGCUGCGGGGUUGGUGGGAGGGGAGGAGAGUGAGGAAGGGACUGUGGGACGGGUGGCGGCUGGUGGUGGUGGUGGGCCUGCUGCUGUGAUGACUCUGUGGAAGAUUCUACGCUCGCUCUUUGCCAGCUCAUCUCACGUCAUCCUUCCCGCUCCUUGUUUGCUUUCCCUGUCUGCUGCCCUCCGAUUUCCCCUUCUCCCUCUCCACCCGUUUGCACUGAGCCACCUGCAGUCUCUCCAGAGCAUCCCCACCUUUCAGCCAACACUGGCCAUGUUUGUUCCAGUCAUCAAGAACAGGGCUUUAGCUGGAGAUUUCUCCUCCCUCUGCUCGAUUAUGGCUGACCUAAGGGGGCUUGGGCUCACUCCGUCUGAUCAGGUAUUUGCUGCGUUGCGACUGGCGCCUCUAGAGAGCGCUGGUGCUAAAAAGAGUGCUGCUGUAGCGAGUAUGACUGUGACGGAAGCGCCUGAAGAGGUGGCUUCGGACGGUGGGGGCAAUAAAGGGGAAGGUGGAGACGGAGGUGGUGUGAAACAGGGAGUGAGUGGGAAGGGAAAGUACAGGAAGAGUGCUUCUGGGAAGAAAGAUGAGAAAGGAGAGGAGGGUGUGCGUGGUGAGAAUAGAGAAGGGAAAGCUGCGGUUGUUAAGAGGGAGGUGGAGGCUGGAGGGAAAGCUGAGGCUGUUGAGCAGAGGGUGGAGGCAGGUUUGCAGGAGGAGAAAGCUGAGCAUGCAGUACAGAAGGAGAGGCGGGAGAUAGUGGAACCCAUGAAAGUGGUUGCAGAAGAGGGGAAAGGACAAGCUGAGAUUGUGGUGAGUGUGGGGAAGUUCUCGGUAAAAGGAGCAGACGAGACAGGAAAAGCGAAGAAGCGCCACGAUACCAAAAGUGAUAGGAAGGAUAGGAAUGGCACGGAGAAGACAAUGCAAGCGGAAAAGUUGGAUGUUGGUGCAGCAGAAAAGCAUGGAGUACCAGGAAAGGAGGAGGCUUGUGAAGGAGUGGGAGGACACGAGGAUGAACUGGCAAGUAAAGUAAUGGAGACUGAAACAGAAGCUGGGGACGCAGUUAAGCCACCAACUACCCAAGAGACUCCCUCACAAGAGGUUCUAUUGUAUGAAGGAAAGCGAGAAGCUAUGGCAGCAGCAGCCCUGACAGAAGGUACGGCAGUCGGAAAGCUGGAACUGGUCAAUCAAGGGGAUGUAGAGGUAUCUACAAUUCCUUCAGCUGGUGCUGUUGCGGGUGAUCAUGACUCUGCGGCUUCUAGUGUGAGUGGGAGGGGAGGAGAAACAAGGCAGGAGCAGGAUGCUCAAUAUAUGGCAGCUGGAUUUUCAGAAGAGUUGAUGGGAGGCACGAGUAGUGGUAAUGAGAAGGCGGGGAAGGAAAAAAAUGCGAGGAAACGGGAUUUGGAGAAGGUUGGCUUGGGCAAAGGAGCCCUUGCGAAUGUGAAGGGAUUUGGAGCUUGGAGUAAAGCAACCAAGAAGGCAGGCAAAGGUUGCGGCAAGACCAGUGGCAAGGGGGCAGGGCUGACGUUUCAAAAAAAACCACUCUGA